UUGCCAUCUUGCAGAUGUCACAUCACGAACAACUUCUGUUCCUUUGCCGUGUCACAAGUAACUUCUGUUUCUUUUCGAAUUGAAGCACGGGUAUCACCGUCGUAAAGAUGGCUGCACCAACCGAAGCGCAGCUCGCACACCAGAAGCUCCUCGACGAGCUCGACCUUCAUUCCGUCCACAAAACCUUCCGCGCGUCCUCCUGGCGCCCAAACCACCGCCGCAACAAGAACAUCAAGACAAUCUUGAUGGAUGCUUCCCGCAAAGAGGCGUCCUCUUCUGUCGCCACUCCGCAGGACGUCUCAGGAUCCGUCACCCCGAUGCCCACCCUUGCGGCGCCUGAUAGCAAAGACGACGGGCUCUCGACCAGUGGCUCCUCCACCCCAGCCAAUGGCGCUGAUGCGCUCCCUAACAACCAAAACCCCAACCUCUCCCAGGCAUCCCGGAGCCUCUCGAAACUCGUCCUCGAAAAGACCCUGCGGCAGGGUGCUGCCGCCUCUGCAACUGGUGCGUCUACGGCACCCAGCGUAACGUACACGAACAUCGAAUCCGCUCCGUCGCUGGCGCACACCAGGCACUACUGCGACGCGACGGGCCUUCCUGCGCCAUACCUGGACCCCAAGACUAGGCUGCGCUACCACGAUAGGGAGGUGUUCAGCUUCAUCAGAAGCUUGCCGCAGGGUGUCGCGGAACAAUACCUAGAGGCUCGGGGCGCACAUGUUGUUCUCAAAUGAGCUUGGGGGCGAACAAUUCAAGUUUUGUCUCGGGAUGUCUUGGGAUGAUAGUGGCAGCACCGAUUUUUCCACAAUGAAAUCGCUCUAGGGUGGGGGUAAUCAUACGGAUAGCAUGGCGUUGGCGGAGUCGGGAAACGGCACAGGAAGGUUGAAGAACAUUUUUGGGGUGGCAGAACGCCUUAGUAUAUUCAGUUUUUAAUAUGCGUAGCAUAGGAUAUAUAUGUACGACCAUCUAAGUCAAGCCUCGCCUAUGCACCCUUCGCUUCUCAGCCAAGGGAUGUUAGAUGACGCUCCGGCUUAAUUGUGAUCGAGGUAAGAAUAAUUGCUUUGUGCCUGUAAUCUGACAGAUCACCGAGAACGUAUAGAAAGACGUACUCAGUUGCUGUAGCGUAGAGCUACAGCCGCCGCGGCAUAUACAGUCACUACAUAAAAGUGCCGUGAUAUUCUGAAGAUUACCCAAGGUCGCUAAACCAAUGGAA